AUUUAGUUAUUUCUGGAACGGCGUGAAUCGCAAUGGCUGACACAAAGUUAUAUGACAUCCUUGGGGUAUCAAAAAAUGCCUCAGAAGGUGAAAUCAAGAAAUCAUAUUACAAACUGGCAAAGGAAUUUCAUCCAGAUAAAAAUCCAGAAUCUGGAGAAAGAUUCAAGGAAAUCAGUUUUGCCUAUGAAGUUCUAUCCAACCCUGAGAAGCGGGAGACUUAUGACCGGUUUGGACUGCAGGGGUUGAAGGAGGGGGGAGGAGGAGGAGGAGGUUUUGGAGGUGACAUGUUUGGUGACCUGUUUGGAGGACUUUUUGGAGGGAUGGGAGGUGGUCCAUUUGGGUUUGGGGGGAUGAGCGGCAUGGGAGGGGCUCGCAGGGGCAGGAGAAGGGGAGAGGACACAUUUCACCCUCUACGAGUGUCCUUAGAAGAUUUGUAUAAUGGGAAAACAUCAAAACUUCAACUCAGUAAAACAGUGAUAUGUACUAAAUGUAGUGGAGCGGGCGGGAAGGCCGGUGCAAUGCAGCGGUGUAAGGUGUGUAACGGUCGCGGUGUGAAGAUAACAAUGAGGCAACUAGGUCCUGGCAUGGUUCAGCAGAUGCAGUCUGUCUGUCCCGAGUGUCAUGGUGAAGGUGAGUCAAUCAGUGAGAAGGACAAGUGUAAACAAUGCAAGGGCAAGAAGGUGACCAACGAGAAUAAGAUCCUCGAGGUUCACGUGGAUAAGGGCAUGAAGGACGGACAGAAGAUUCCAUUCCGUGGAGAGGGAGACCAACUGCCUGACCAGGAGCCAGGUGAUGUUGUGAUAGUCCUACAGCAGAAGGACCAUGAAGUGUUUACCAGGGAUGGCGACAGACUCAUUAUGACCCACAAAAUCUCCCUGGUCGAGGCACUCUGUGGCUUCCAUUUCACAGUGCAACACCUUGACGAACGGGAGCUUGUUCUUAAGAAUCCACCUGGUGUUAUUGUGGAACCUGGUGCAGUGAAAAUUGUGAAGGGGGAAGGAUUUCCACAUUACAGAAACCCAUUCGAGAAAGGGGACAUGGUCAUCAAGUUUGAGGUGGAGUUCCCAGAGAAAAACUUUGCAAGUGAAUCACAGCUGAAGAAACUGGAGAAGCUGUUACCAGCUCGGCCGGCCUUUUCGAUGCCAGAAGGGGAGCAUGUGGAGGAAGUGAACUUGAUGGACUUUGACUCGACACGUUCUAACGAGGCUGGGCGUCGUGGGGAGGCAUAUCACGAGGACGACAGUGAUGAUGAAAUGCCUGGCGGACAGAGGGUGCAGUGCGCCCAUCAAUGAUCCCGGCUGUGAUCUUAGAGACGGUUUUAAAUUGUCCUUGUGUUUUUUAUACUUACAAAUCCAGAAAGGCUGGUGUUGAAAAUACAAAGUUUAUUAAAGCUGAGAUGCAUGGGUCUGUCAGAGAGCUUAUGUUCAAAAAUGAUUCAUGGAAUCGAUAACUCUAGAUAAUGUUUCAAUCAAGAAUUGUUUUGUGAGUUUUGGUGUGCUUGCAAUGAGGAUGGUAAAAUGAAGUCAAAUUUAAAUUGUAAAUGUCUAUGUCUUAUAUUGUAUGAUUUCAACACAAGAUAGGAAGAAAAUAUUACAGUACAGUUUAAAACGUAGGUGAGUUGAAAAACAUCAAAAUACUAUAAAGAGUAGCAUUUGCCUUAAAAAGCUGUAUUUUAGAAGAUUCGCUGUUUAGACGAGGGUAGAUGUGCUUUCACAGUUAAGAUACUUGCUUGCAGUUGAAACAUUUAUAUCAUAUGAUAUAGUACGGUAUUUGAAUACUAUAUUCUUUACUUCAAUUCUGUGAUGCUAACUUUGAUAUUCUGCAUCUUAGAAAAUAGCUAUGGAUCAUAAAUUUUAGAAUUAAGUUAUUUACAGUUAAUAUAAAAUGUUUGAGGUAUAAAUGAAGGUUAAUAUCUUUAUCAGUAUAAAACAACAUAAUUUAUGAAAAUAUAAGAUUCAAACAGGAUAGUUAAUCAUCAAGACCAUGCAACCAUUUCCAUUAUAACAAUACUCAAUAUUGGGCAAGUUAGUAACGACAUUAUUUUUAACUUUUGAAGGUGAAACAUUUCAUGAUGUGCUCAAAUUAUUAAAUGAAACAAGCGCAGCUGAAACAGUUGUUUAAAAAAGUGUAAGAAAUACAGCAGAUCACAAGUGUGUCAAUGAAAUUUCCAAGAUUAGAAAUAUCCAUUUUUCAUUGCUCUAUAGGUGAUAGGGUGAGGAAGUAAACAAAUCAUCAUUGCUUUAACCUAUAACUUUAUUAUAUCAUUUCCUUUAUCGAUAUUUAUUGUCAUCUUGCUUUAAAGAUACAAAUCAUCACAGUCCUAUAUUUUAAUCUCAGUAUUUUAUAUCAAUACACGUACAAACAGUAAUUCCUUGACGGUCACUCUAGAACAGAUAAUGGCUGGUACUGCAAUUAACAAUCAUGUGGCAGAAGACAGAUGUGAAUGGUUUCUUAUGUUAAGAAAUGAUGUUGCAUCAAACCAUUGUUGGAUGUUAAUUAUACUAGGUACGGUUUGAGAGUAGCCUGUAGUUACCUGAGACUAUUGCUAUAUGUGCCUGUUGUCAUCCUGCCACUAGUGUUUCACAGCCUGUAUCAACUCAUCUUUCACUGACCAUUGUAUUUAUUGUACAAAAUAAACUAUCAAACAUUUUAUUUGUAAUUUACUACUUUAUUCAAAGUGAAAAUGUUUCUGCUAUUAUCUCAUAAAUGUUAAAUAACCUUUACGCUUUUGUGUGUUCAUGUGUUUAGGAAGGUAGGAAGAACAAAAUAAAAAUAUGAUUGAAAUGCUUCUUAAUAGCUUCUCAUAGUCCAACUAACUAUCCAAUGGCAAAUAUGUGC